AUGUUACGUAAUAAGACCCACCACGAAUUGCUCCAGUUGUCGAAGCACAUCGUCCAGCCCCUCCUCCCCCACUUGCACAAGGGCCAGGCAGGCAAGAUCACCGUCAUAGGUGGCUCCGAGGACUACACGGGCGCCCCAUUCUUUUCAGCCCACUCAGCCGCCUUAGUGGGCGCCGAUUUGGCCCAUGUCGUGUGCGAGAGAGCAGCCGCCCCCACCAUCAAGCUGUACUCGCCGGACCUCAUGGUCCACCCGUACUUGUACGAGUUGCACAGUCCCGAGCUAGGACUCGCCAGCGACGACAUUGCUCUGCUUGCCAAGCUCCUGGUCAGCGAGCUCUUGGACAACAAAUCGCCAGUCCUAGACUCCGUGAUCGACUCGCGCGUGUUGCCAAAGGUGUCCAGCCUUUUGGCCAGGUCCGACAUGGUGGUGGUGGGGCCUGGCUUCGGCAGAGACCCCUUGAUGUUGAAGUCGUUGGUGCGCAUCAUCGAGGAGAUCAAGGUGUUGAACAAGCCAUUGAUCCUCGACGCAGACGCAUUGUUUCUAGUGGCUGCCAGCCCCCAGUUGGUGCAGAACUAUCCCAAGGCCAUCCUCACCCCCAACGUGAUGGAGUUCAGCAGGCUCGCUGCCAAGCUCGGCAUCGACGCCCGGGUGGGCGAGUCCGACAUUGCCAAGUUGACCAGCGAGGCAGUGCAGUUGUCCAAGGCCUUGGGCAACGUCACCGUGGUGCGCAAGGGCCUGCACGAGCUCAUCGUCAAGGGCGACCAGGUGUUGGUCAACGAGACUGCUGGCUCCAACAAGCGCGUCGGGGGCCAAGGCGACACCUUGACAGGUGCUAUCGCCACCUUGGUCAACUGGUCGUACAACUACAACAACAAGGUGUGGGACCCUGAGGACGGUGCAGGCUUGAGUGCGGACGAGGCCAACCUCUUGGCCUGUUUUGCGGCCUGUUCGUUGGUGCGGAUGGCCAGCUCCAAGGCCUACAAGAAGUACCACCGCUCUAUGCAAACCUCCAACAUCCACGAGUUCUUGAGCGAGUCGUAUGUGGACUUGUUCGAAAACCAGGUGUUCUUAAAGUUUUGA